GAUGAGGAAGUGUAAUUGAACCUGCUGUGAGGAGGGAGGAACGCGUCUCCUCUCUGUAGUUCCUGGAGAGAGCGUCACCCAUCAAAACGCGCGGACUGGUGAGCAUAUCGCACUGGGAAUUAUCGGGAUGUCCAAAGGAAUACCAUCAGUAAUCAUGUGCCUUAUUGGCACGGAGUCGGUGCCACCACAGCGGUAAGGUUUGUGGAGAGAGGGAAAGAGGAGGAGGAGGGGUAGACAGCCUGGCAGACAGGUGCGACUCCACAGCCUGUUUCAUUUUCUCUCGGUCCUAUUAAGUAGUAGAGCCAUGGAUACCCGCAAGGAAAACAAGGAAAGAAAAGCCAUGAAACCCAAAACGACGAAGCGAAAGGAGAAGAAAUACAAAACCGGGAGGUUUAUCAGGAGGAAAUCGCUGCGGUCUUUUGGGAAUUUCAUGGGAAGGAUCCUUAAAACUUUGGGCACUUUGGCGCACUUUGGCGACGCGGAGCCGCCGGACGCGGAGGACGACGACGGCGGGUUCGGGCAGAGCGCAUCGGGGGGUUUCAAAGACGACUGUGCGCAGACCCCCAGGGAGGGAACCGUGAAGAAGAGCUCCACGGUGUCCUCCUCUCACGGCUCGGUGAAAGACAGGCUGUCGUGGUGCCACGGCGACAAGACCCCCGGGGUGCUGGGACUGAAGAACCACGGCAACACCUGUUUCAUGAACGCCGUGGUUCAGUGCCUCAGCAACACGGACCUGCUGGCCGAGUACCUCGGGCUGGAGCAGUACAAAUCGGAUUUGUACCACAGGAGGGUGAACGGCGAGGUGAGAGGCGAGGAGCCGGAGGGCGCCAGGGGAGAGGUGACCGAGCAGCUGGCGUCGCUGGUUCGAGGUCUGUGGACCCUGGAGUACACGCCGCAGCUGUCUGUGGAGUUCAAGAGCAUAGUGGCCAAGUACGGCUCUCAGUUUCGAGGAAACUCUCAGCACGAUGCCCUCGAGUUCCUCCUCUGGCUUUUGGACAGGGUGCAUGAAGAUGCUAAUCCCAGCCUCAACAACAACACUAACAGCAGCAGCAAGACCAAAGCCAACACCAAGGGACCCAGUUCAGUUGAGGACCCUUCCAGUCCCAGUUCAGCCAGCAAACAGCAGCCUCGAGAUCGACACAGUUUUGUCCAGGAACACUUCCAGGCUCAGUACAGGUCUUCUCUGACGUGCCCUCAUUGCCUUAAGCAGAGCAACACCUUCGACCCAUUUUCAUGUAUCUCCCUGCCUAUCCCCCUACGGCAAACCAGGCCGAUGUGUGUGACACUGGUGUUCAGUACGAAGGGUCAGAGGUACCUGCGGGUGGGGCUGGCUGUACCUCUCUUUGGUUCCCUGUCCUGCCUCAGAGCCAUGGUGGCAGAGGAGGGCAACAUCUCCCCGGACCAGGUCAUCCUGGCUGAGUUGUACUCCACGGGUUUCCAGCGUUCCUUUUCGGAUGAUGAUGACCUGACAGCAAUUGCUGAUAGCGACGUCAUCUACGCCUUUCAGGCUCCUCCCCUCUACAGUCGUGGAGGCUCCGCGCCGCACUCAGGGUAUCACCACAGCCUCCCCUCCUCCCCCUACACAUCUACGGCUGGACCCAACGGUCAGAGGUUACCUCCGUCUGGCACCCUCUCCUCUGAAUACCUGAACCAGGGCGCCUCCACAAAGGUCCUCCUCCUCAUCUGCAACACAGCGGGAUCGGGCCAGCAGGCUGUCAGGUUUGGGCCUCCAUUUCUCAUGCGUGAAGACAGGAGCAUCUCCUGGGAUCAGCUGCAGCAGAGCAUUCUCAGCAAGCUCUAUUAUCUGAUGCUGAAUGGAUCUCAGGCUCAGAAUGCUGGGGUGCUGUUUAAGAUCAGAGUAGUUGGAGGAUCGGCAGCCUACAGCUACCUGUCCCCACAGGACAGCCGGCCGCUGUACCAUCCUGCAGUUGACAGGGCUCUGAAGUUCUGUGGCCCUGGGGGACCCCCGCACGUUAAGGUUGUCAUCGAAUGGGAUAACAAGACUAAAGAAUGUCUCUUUGGCAGUAUCCAAGAGGAGGUGGUGAAGGACGCAGAGAGUGUGAGGAACCAGCAGCAGCAGCACCUACAGCAGCAUAGUUGUACCCUGGACGAGUGCUUUCAACUGUAUACCAAAGAAGAACAGCUUGCCCCAGAUGAUGCCUGGAAGUGUCCCCACUGUAAGCAGCUUCAGCAGGGCAUGGUGAAGAUGAGCCUGUGGACUCUCCCUGACAUACUCAUCCUCCACCUCAAGCGCUUCCGACAGGUAGGCGAGCGAAGGAACAAGCUGUCAACCCUGGUGCGUUUCCCCCUGACUGGUUUGGACAUGGCCCCCCAUGUGGUAAAGAGGAGUCAAAGUAUGAGGAACCUGCACCUAGGGGCCUGGCAACAGCCUUGGAAGCAGCCCUCAGGCCAACACCACCAACCUGCUGACAUGAGCCUCCCCCACGACUAUCUGUAUGACCUCUACGCUGUGUGUAACCAUCAUGGAGGAAUGCACGGAGGCCAUUAUACUGCAUACUGUAGGAACUCAGUGGACGGACAGUGGUACAGCUACGAUGACAGCAGUGUUGACUUGGUGCCAGAGGAGGAAGUCUGUACCAGAGGAGCCUACAUCCUUUUCUACCAGAGACGCAACACCAUUCCUCCAUGGUCAGCCAGUUGCUCCAUCAGAGGCUCCACCAGUUCAUCAAUGUCAGACCACUGGCUAAUCCGCCUGACAGGGGAUAGUAAGAGAGGCAGUCUGGUCUCUCGAUCCUCCACCACCUGCCCAUCCUCCUUACCUGACUCGCCUGAGUCUCCAGUCUUCCUUGAAAAUGGUUCUAAAGAGGAAAAGGGGGGUUUUGAGAGCAGGCCAUUUAUCAGGGGCCUUCAGGGACGCAGCGUGAGCAUGAGAGCCCCCAGCAAGACCAAGGACACUCUGAGCAAAGUGCUUCCCCUACGUUGGUCCCUUGGUUCAAAGGACAGACGGAAACCUGACCCAGUGCCUCCAUCUGUCCAAGAUCCAGCCCCUGUGGAGCUGGUACAGUACUUGGAAUCUGGCCGGCGGCCCCGAUGCACAAAGGAUCCAAUAGUAACAUUGAUGAGCGAACCACGCAGCACCAAGGAAGCCGCUGGGGGCCGGGCUGCAGCCAACGUCAGAUCUUCCAGUGUAGGAAGCUUAAGUUGUAUGAGUAAGGCAGUAGAUGAGCUGCCACCUGACUCUCCACAAGUCCCAGAGGGCCAGCGGAGGCCAUCGGAGAAGACAGCCAGCUUGAGACGCAGGAAGGGGAGCCAGACAAGAGAUGAGAGCACCACAAAUAUCAGCAGUAGCUUCAGCAGUAACACCCUCACCAGGAGGAAGGAUGCCAGGAAACAGAGCUCCUCCAAAGCCUCCCAGGAUACUGCUGAGACAAAAAGGAGUGGUGGAGUUCAACCCAGCUACAGCACUCCUAGCCUUCAAGAUGGGACCCUGAGAAGACAAAAAGGGGACAGGCCUGAUAGGGAACACCACGGUGGACAUGAAGGAAACUCUAAGAGCAAGAAAGGAGAAGUUCCCAAGAGCCAUGAGGGACUGCUCUCUUUCUUUAAAGGUAACUUCCUGAAGAAGGACAGGGACUCAAGGAAGUCCAAGGAGGCUGAGUCAGGAAAAGAAGGAGGUGAUGAAGGAGGCAGGAGGACUCUCUCUAGGCUGUCACUGUCCAACGGAGCAGCAGGAGGAGGAACCGGGGUAGAAGGAAGCAAGUCUAAUGGCUCGGGCCAUCCAGGCGAUGAGCUGGCAAACAGGAAAGUGGGACGGACCGCGGCGGACAUCAAGCGCUCCCAGAGCUCCUCCAAUAUCCCCACCAAAGCGGAGCAGAGCAUGCGUAGGACAGCAUCUUUGCAUCGUAACGGGAUGUCUACAGCCCCGUCGCGCAGCCUGACAACAGACAAACCGUCUUACGGCACCCUGCAGAGGACUCGUUACAGCACAACCUCGCUGGGACGCAAAAGGACAGUCCCUGAGUCCAGCUUCUGACACACACACAAAAAACAUACACACAAAGCCUUUUAUCUGUCAUGAAGUGAAUGACGUCCAAUCUUUGACAUCAAAGCAAUAGAGCUCAACUCACAGUGGUGCGCCUUUUUGUCCACAGAAAAUGAACUGGCUCAAGUGGCUUGCACAAUGGAGCUGAGAGAUACGGAGAAAAUGAAGGCUUCUUUAAUGCUGGGAUAUAAAGAGCAGAAUGAAAUGAUGGUACCUGUCCGUCAAAUGUCAGAGGGAGUCCAUUUUUAUUCUGUUUAUUUUCUCAAUGUCUUAAAACAAGUGCCUGAGCAACUAAUAUGCAGUUUAGACCAAUGAGUUUGUCUGUUUAGCACUGGAAGCACGAAAUUACACACACACACACACAUACGCACAUACAAGCAUGUUAUCCGCAUCUGUGUCUUAUUACUGUAGUGUGAGUGUCGGGAUUCAUUUUGAAUUCUCAUUGUUGUCUGCUUAAAAUGAAGACACACUGAUUGUGUUCAUUUCUAAGAAUGUAAUGUGUCCACAAGAUAAAUGGUGGUGCUUUGAGGCUGCAGUUUUCUGAUUAACAUCAAUUAUUCAUCUUUAAGCCCUUGUUUGACGUUAAUUUAAAGUAGCUGAAGGAUGGCUUUGAACACAAAGCACUGUUUUUAUAAAGCAGUGACUGGUCCCCAUGCGACCCAGACUGCAGUUGUUGUUUAACCUGCAAUAAAUAGGACCUCUGACCGUAAUAACUCGCUGGGUUGAAGUGAUAUCCUGUAGAAUGACCUGACCUGGGUCUCCUAAUUAUUAUUUAGACACUAAAUCCCCACCAGGUCUAAUAACACUUUAUAACUGAGCCGGACUAACCUCCCUGUGGCAGAAGAGAAUUUGAAAUAUACAUUUGUCUACUGUGAAGUGUAAAAUGAAUGCAAUAUCCACUCUUAAAGAUUAGUUUUAUACCUUUUAUAUAACAUCAGUUAACCAUAUCAGAUGCAUUCCUUGGGUUUUGUUGUUUUUGUUGUUUUAUUUUUGGUUUAACAUCUUUUUCUUUUUUUUUCUUAGUUUACGAUUGAUUAUGUUUUCCAUCAGCUUGAUCAGCUGUCAGGAGACUGUUGCAGUCAGUCAUAUGGUGUACAGUAUGAAAGCGGCGUCCCCAGUUAACACAGCAAAAGAGUGUGAUUUUUUUUUUGUUUUCUUUUUUGUCCUGACUCAAAAUGCAGAAUGAGGCUGCAUCACAUGUGGCUCUAUUGAAGCUGUGAUUAUAGCGGCCUAAAAAUACAAACCUCUCUCUUUUGACUGUGAGAAAUUUUCCCCAGAAUCAGACAUUGACUGAUGUUGAUUUUUGCGAGCAGUCUUCCCCUAGAGCAAAGCUGGAAAUCUUGCAGCCUAACAUUGACCACAUUUUGGCAGUUAGAUGUGAAAAAAAGAUCCCCAAAACACCAAAAUGGAUGCAAAAAUGCAACAUGUAAAGAGUGUCAACAGUUUAAGGGUUUGGAUUUUUAUUUAUUUAUCCCAAGUCUGACCAGUCUAAUAUAUAGAAGAUUUAAAUUGCCUAAAUUUAAACAUUUUUAAAAGAAAUAAAGUGAAAUACAAUGCA